CUCUCCGCCUGGAAGGAACUGUUGUGCUGCGCUGCGCUGCGCUCGUGACACUCGGUAUCGGUGCGAGUGACUUGUGUGAGACUGUUGCCGAGAAACUGUAGUUUGCGCAUUGAGCGGCAGUGCCGUGUAGAGACAAGGCAAGAUGAUUGUGUGUUGUGCAGGCUGCCAGAAGCCCAUUACAGGCAAAUUCCUGGUGACGGUGCUGGAGAGGACCUGGCAUGCGGAGUGUGUGCGCUGCUCCGACUGCGGCUGCGCCCUCACCGACAAGUGCUUCAGUCGGGAAGGAAAACUCUUCUGCAGGAGCGACUUCUUCAGGCGGUUCGGGACGAAGUGUUCGGGAUGUCUGCAGGGCAUCUCCCCGCAGGACCUCGUAAGGAAGGCUCGGGACCGCGUGUUCCACCUCAAGUGCUUCACCUGCUGCGUCUGCCGGAAGCAGCUCUCCACCGGCGAGGAACUCUAUGUACUCGAGGAAAAUAAGUUCGUGUGUAAACAAGAUUACAUGAGCGGAAAGCUGUCGGUCGACCCUUACGUGCUAUCGGACGAGGAGGAGGAUAUCGAGUCAAUGGACACGGGUGAUGCGUCGAUUAAAUCCCCCGGGUCCGACUCCAACGGCCUCCACGCCCCCAACACGCCCUCCACGCCUUCCGCCCCCCAAACCACCGACCUCGAGAAGGUCUCCAGCGUCAACUCCCGCGACGAAGGCGAAGACGAGGACGAAGAACUCGAAGGCAACAAGGACGACGACGACAAGAGGUCUGGGGAGGAGGACAAGGGAAGCAAGCGGCGGGGCCCAAGGACCACCAUCAAGGCCAAGCAACUAGAGAUCCUGAAGAGCGCCUUCAACAAGACGCCCAAACCCACACGACACAUCCGCGAGCAGCUGGCCAAGGAGACAGGCCUUCCCAUGCGGGUCAUACAGGUACGUGUCCACAA